GAGAGGAAAGAUUGACAGAACUCAGAUCCUUCAAAGCAGAGAAGAUGAAAUUCGUUUCAAUUUUCUUCCUGGUAGGAAGUUGUGGCUUGGUUGAAGGUAUGAUAAAAGAGUAUAUUUACUAUCCUGGCGCAGAUUGGGAUAAUGCUCAGUGGCAGUGCAGAGAACACCACAGUGAUCUGGCUACCAUCAGCACCGCAGAGGAACAGCAGCGACUUGUAGAGAGUUUUGGUUUCAGCAGUGGGCCAGCUUGGAUUGGGUUGUACGGAAAUGGAUACUCAGUGUGGCGGUGGUCUAAUGGGGAGCCAGUUUCUUUCACAACAUGGUAUCCUGGCUAUCCUUAUAACAGUUAUUACACGUACACUUCUAGUAGUAACACUGAUUACCAAUAUAAAACCUGUGCUUUUUUGGAACAAGGACAAUGGAAAAACGACUUCUGUUGGGAGGGUCAUCCAUACUACUGUUAUAGAUAUUUGAUUUUGGUGAAUGAGAGUAAGACUUGGGAGGAGGCUCUUCGGUACUGCACCACUAAGUACACCGGCUUGGCCUCUCUGCCCAACGCAACACAAGUGCUUCAGGCAAAAACGGAGCUCGCACUGACCCAAACAGAGAGUGUGUGGACCGGCCUGCGCUUCAUGGAUGGAAACUGGUUCUGGCUGAGUGGAGAGCCAACGCAGAGCCUGGAUUUACUUCCAUCAUGUCCAGCUCAUCCUUAUCGCUGCGGAGCUCUCAACAACAACACAAACAUCUGGGAGAACCGAGACUGCAACGAGAAUCUGAAUUUCCUCUGCUACUGGAAUAUUAUGUAGUGAUCUCUGGCUGCACCCCUGCAUUACAUAUGACUUUCCACAAGAAGAAAUCUCCUACAGGAAGAUUACAUACAUGACACUUUUCUUUUUUUCUUCUUUUUUUUUGUUAACUGAUUAAGAUGUAGCAUAUGUUUGUAUCAUAUCAUAUCAUGUCAU